GCGGUGAAUGGCGCACAGAAACAGAUAUUAGAAACGCUGUCCUCGGAGUUUGUUUUAAUUUUUGCAACAAGAUUCGCGACAUAACCCUGCGUUGGCCCAAGCGAACGCGAUCGCAACUGCACGGGAUAGCCCACGGCCACGGAUAGCAAUUAGCGAACGGAGAGAUGUGGCCGCAAACGCUGGAGAUGUCGCGGGACGAGUGCCGAGGCAUGCUGCGUCGACUUGAACUUGAAUCCUAUUCGCAUGUGGUAAGCGUUUUUCGCGCCCAAGGUGCGCUGAGUGAGCCGAAGGCGAAGCUGCUGGAGGAACUGCGCCAGCUUUUCCACAUCACCCAGGAGCGACAUCGCGCCGAGGUUCGUCGGGCCGCCAACGACGAGCAGCUUAGCACCAUUGCCGAGAACGUCUGCGGCCCCAAUACCUGGCAGGAAUGGUCGCGAGAGGGACGCCGGCCCUAUCCGCUGCUGCCUCGGAUCAGUCCCCAAACGGCGCUCAGCAUUGUGGCCAAUGAUCUGGCGCAGAAGGCCUUCGAGGAGAACGCAAAACUGGCUACACCCGCCGAAACGAGCGUCCACUUUGGCCAGGCCCUCAUCGAGCAGGCCUCGUUUAUGAGCGUGAAGCAGGGCUGGAUGGGAGGCAGGAGUCAGGACCCAGCCGCGGUGAUCAUGGAGGAGCCGUUCAAAGUACCCGAUGUACCCAAUGAGGUAAAGAAGAUGACGCAAAAGCGAAAGGAGAACGAGAGCGGUGUUGAUGGCGGGAAGCCCAACAAGAAGAGGCACAUGCAGCAUCAGCAGACACUCCAGACUUCCCAUCACCAGCAGCAGCAGCAGCAUCAGCAUCAGCAGUUGUCCCACACUGCCAACGCCGAGGAUGGCGAAACGGUGCCCGUGGAGAAGCGUCUAAGUCCACGGACUGCUCAGCAGCGCUUCUUCUACCAGCAGCAGGUGAAGCACAAGCAGCGUUUGGCCAGCAAAAGGAAUCUGGGAAGUGGCCUGGGCUCCCCCGCUCAGGCAGGCAGCCCUGUGGGUGGUAGAAAUGCCGCUGCAUCAUCAUCUUCGGGCGGAGAGGCGACGCCGGCAAAGAGGAUAGCUGCUCCGGCCAAAAGUGGACGACGGGCACAGAAGCAACUGCAACAGCAGCAGCAACAGAAGUUGCAGCAACAGUUGCAGCAGCAGCAGGCGCAACUGCAACAGAAAGUAUUAUUGCAAUCGUCGGAGGCGACGGUGCCCAAUCAUUUGGUGGUGCAGCCACACGUGGAGUAUGUUCUCGAUGAGGCGCUUAAAACGUUGGCAGCCACAAGCACACCGUCGAUACCCACACCAACGCCCACGCCCACCUCCACAGCCACGCCGCCCUAUUCGUUCUUCAACGAUUCAAGGCCACUGGUUACACUGAAGCCAUUGAAGCCCCUGAAGCCUUUCGUUUAUGGACCACAAAGCGGAUCGGCGGCAGCAGCUGCUGAAAUUGGUUCGCCAACAACUCCAGGCGCUCGAGGAUUUGCCAAUUCGCCCAUUGUUUUCAAGGAUAAGGUGCAGGGUUCACCGGUGCAGGUGCAGGUGCAGACACAGAAUCAGAGUACGCCCGUCAAGAAGUACAUUGUGGAGGAAAAGCAAGCAGAUACCACAUUGCCGUCAGCUACUACAACACCAAUACCCCCCAUUUCCACCGCAAAUCUUCCUCUGACUCCCCAGAUCAUCAGUGUUCAGCAAAUCCCAGCGCCGCCAAUGGGUGCCAAAUUGAGGCCGGCAGCGGUGCCCUCUUCGCCCACCAGCAACUCCACCACCACGCUUCUGCCGCCAGGCACUAAACUCACGCCCAAGAAGUUCAAUCUCUUGGAUGGCGGUGGUGAUGCAAAGCCAAAAACCUUGCGUUCGGCGGUUCGCCUACUGCCGUACACAGAUCCCAUUGGGAGCCCGUCGUCUCCUUUGAAGGACUCCAGGGUGACACCAUUGAGCAGCGCCUCCACGGUGAACAUUAUCAAGAAUAUACCGGCUAGUAGUUUGAACAAUACCCUCAUUACACCGCUGCCAGUGUCUGGAGGAGCCACGAUGCCGGCCAAUCUCUUCCGGGCGAAGGUGACACAGCCUCAGAUAAAGGGUGCUGCCGGAGUAUCCGUAAUUGGUGCGUCGUCAUCGUCGGGAGCAGUAGCAGUAACAGCUGCCUCCUCCCCUCAAAUUCUGGGAAACAUUAAGCUAACCACCAGCUCAGGAGGAGCGGCGGCAACUAUCAAGCAGGUACCCAGCAGUGCCCUGCGAAACAUCAAGAUUUGCUCACCCAACGGCAAGGUAUUCCUGCAGCCAGGCAAGCUGCCAGCUGGUAGCAUCAUCCACAAGCUAAACAAUGCGAGUGGCAGCAGCCCAUCAGGAGCAGCAGCGGGAUCAGGAGUAACCACAACGGUUGCAUCCUCAAAUUUGCAGGCACGGGAGCAGCGAAUUAGCAUACAGAAGAUGCAGAUUCUGCCACAGGCGCAGGCCACAACAGGAAGUGGGAACAGCAGCAGUUCCACCACCACCAUCUCCGGCAAGCAACCAGGUUCCAAACCCACCACGGUGACCUUUUCCACAACGAGCGGUGGCAAGAACAAUCUCGUCUUCCUGCCAGCAAGCGCUGCGAGCGGCAUGAGAGCCCUCACACUGGCCACCAAGCAAUCCAAUGUACUGGUCAUCGGAGCGACCCCCGCGACCCCGACCACCAUUAGUGCAACGUCUCCUAACAAUCCCGCAAGCGGUGGGGCCAAGCCAAAACCCAAUCAACUUAUUACCGAGGACACACCCAUCGAUAUCAUCAAUAUGCCCAUUAUAGUGGCGGAUAAUGGUACCGGAACGGAGCUCAAGCAGGGUUCUGGGGUGAUGAAGACCUCACCGUUGGUGGUCUUUAAUGCCACCGAUUGGGAGAUGGAGCUGGACCAGGCAGCCACCAAAACGACUCCAGUGACGACACCCUCCAAGCAAGAGGGAGCCCUGAACGAUGAGGAUGUCAUAGUGGAGGAGGACGAAGUACUCGAAGGUGAUGUAGUGGUGGAGGAGCAGCAGGUUGAACAAUCAACCCACUUGGAACUCAACAAUCGCAUCAUUGAACUCCAUCCAGAGGAUGACAGUGCCAUCGAGUAUGUGGACAUGGAUCUGGAGCAGCCCAUCGAGAUAGAGAGCACCAGCAACAUAUCGCCAGAGACGACAGCAACAACUACAACUUCCCUGAAGGCAGCUAUUGUUCCAGCAUCGCCGCAGCAGCAGAAACAGAAGCCUUUGGAGCAACCACUGGCAGCAGCAACUCUGUAGAUUCCCACAUUUCUAGAGAGAUUCGAGUGAGAGAACGCACACAACAGAGACCCGGUUCGAAUUAGAUUUAGUUAGUAGUUUAGCCUCAAUGUCAAGAGUUUCCUUUUACCAUUUAUAAUUUUAUAUUAACGCAAAGUGCAAGAUUAUCCUUAAUUCAAUUCAAAGCUAAUUUCUGAAGCCUCAGCUUAAAAUAAGAGAGAGUGCGGAGUAGGUGAGUUCGGAAUAGUUAAGUGGCCAAAUUACACGUCGUAUACAUAGUUGAGAGUAUAAUAUGGAAUUUGUGUUAGUUUUACCUUAAUUUUAUAUCAUUUCAUUUCAUUUUUACAAAUCGCAAUCCAUGGGAAUCCCCACUCUCUCUAUCUCUUUAUCCUGUACAUAUGGCAGAUCCUUCCUCUGCAGAACGUUACCUUAAUUUUGUAUAGCUUUGUAUAUAGAGUCCAUCAUAUAUUAUUCGAUGCUCCAUUGCCCCCAUCUCAUUAAUUCGUUUUUACUUUAGUUGCCUAAGCAUAAAACCUAUACACAAAAAGUUUAAAAAUUUUACACAACAAAAAAAAAGAUAAUGAAAGUAAAACAAAUUUGUUUUAAUAGUUUGCUUAAUUACGUGAGAUUAUAGACCCUAGAUCCGCAAGAGACACAUGUGUAAAUAUCAGAAUGAAUUUCGAAAUGCAAAUGCAAACCUUAUAUCGCAUUAUAUAUAUAGAUAUACAUAUGUAUAAAACGGAGAACUCAUGCUAAACAGAUGAUUAACCAUUAACGAUUUAUUUAGAUCUUAAGUAUUUUAUGCGUCGUAAAUUUUGUAAAUUCAAACCUUAAGAGCAACGAUGUAACUUUUAGGAGACCAAAAGCCCAAAUAUGAAAACCGAAACAUAAAGCGGAAACAUCAACAAAACAAAAAUCUGAGAAUAAACCCUUCCUCUCACCCCUCCACAUAUAAUACAAAAAAACAAAAAAAAAAGAGUAAACAAAACAAAAUAUUGUUGAACAAUGCGUGUCGCUGUAAAAUCUUUAGCAUAGAAAUUUUAAACGAAAUAAAUUUAAAUGUAAAACUA